UCCUGCUCCGUGCGCCGGCUGCAGAGGAAGAGAACUGAGGGCAAAAGGAUGGCCUCAGAAGGGGAGAGCAUCAAUCUGCAAGGCAUGAAUCCCCAGCUUCGGAUUAAUGGGCCAAUGAACAUCAACCACUACGCGACAAAGAAGAGCGUGGCAGAGAGCAUGCUGGACGUGGCACUGUUCAUGGCAAAUGUCACACAGCUCAAAGCAGUGCUAGAGCAGGGGUCAUCCUUCCAGUACUAUGCCACACUUAUUGUGCUCAUCAGCAUCUCCCUCUUCUUCCAGGUGGUGAUUGGGAUUCUCCUCAUCAUCACUGCUCGUUUGAACCUGAACGAUGUUGCAAAACAACCCCGCCUGAAUAUACUCAACAAUGCUGCCACAGCUCUCAUCUUCAUCACAGUCAUCCUCAACAUCUUCAUCACAGCUUUUGGGGUGCAGAAGACUGGCCUCUACCCUAACAGGAAUUUUAGACCUUAUUAAGUCACUGGGCAAUGGAGUCAGGAUCUGAGCAGUGCAGCUGGCGGCGAAAGCUCUUCUCUUUAUUUUCACUGAGCUCAGCAGGAGCCCAUUGAUGGAUCCAGAGAACUGGGUUAAACUUUCCAAACUGUGUGUGCGCGCCAUGGUACACCAGCCCCUUACCGUAAUGCUUUUGCAGUUCUGAAGGAGUGAAGAAUUGCCUUUCAAAGCUAGAGCAAACUUUGCAAGAGAAAGCUGCAGGAACAGCAGCAGGUACACAAUUUCAAAGUACAGUUCUGUAAAUCUCAUUUCUUAUUUUAGUUGACUGCUUCAUAUAUUCAAUAUUGGCUCAUUUUGUAGAGAAGACUGAACGAUUUACUUUGUAGGCUAAAUAAACAAGAAAAGUCCAGCU